ACAUCUACAGACAGGGCAGGGGCGGAGCCAUGUUGAACUUGCCGAGUGCACGUGCACCAGGGAAGAAACAAAGUUUUAGUGAUUAGCUUCUAAAUUUUACCACGUGCACUCCCUAAACACUAAUUUGGUGCACCACGGUCCAGCAGGCAACAACAGCCAUGGAGCCCACUGCCCACUAGGUCCAGCUUGCUUACAGAUCAAUUUGAGAAAUUAAGGCCCACAAGAGAAGGCAAAAUGGUGCUGCGCUGCUUGUUCUGCUAUUGUGCGCAUUAAACCUGACGAGCCAGACGAGAAGGCAAAACGACGCCGGCAAUCCAAUCGACAACGCAACAAAAAGAAAACCAGAGAGGCGGAACUAGCGAGGCGGCAGCAUCGCAUGUCGCUGCGGCUGUGCGGCACCACUACACGACUUGUCGCCGCUCGCCGGAAUCUGCAUCGCAGCAGCAGGCAGCAGGUUAUCUUUACUUCAAUUGAACUGUAGGAUUGUUUGGAUCUAAAGUUGAGGCAUGAGGGUUUAUUUUUGCAAGGAUUCGUUGAGAUUAGAGACUCUGAAAAUUGAUCUAAUAUACCAAAAUCAUGUCAAUGUGUUGCAGGUGCAUUUAUGGAAAGAUGGUUGAAAAGAAAAGCACCAGAUGAUGCUAAUAAUGUUGGUAAUUCUCAGCAGCAAGAUGCCAAUGUUACUUUUCAUCCAAUGCCAUCAGCUCCUAAGGAUAUCAAUUGGGAGGAGGAGAUCCAAUUUGAUCCAGGCAAAAGGAAGGAAAUAAGUGCUUAUCAUCCUAAUCUUAGAGAAACAGUAAGAAGAAAGUACCUGGUAAAUGGUCCUUGCCAACCUCGCACUCUUAAUUUUCCAUCUAUUCGGAUUGGAGAUAAAAAAUAGAAGGUUUAAUCCUGAAUGGUUUGAUGAAUUUGGAAAUUGGCUUGAGUAUAGCGAGUCCACCCAUAGAGCAUAUUGUUUUGUUUGUUUCUUGUUUAGAGACCCCACUAAGAAAGAGGCUGGGUACAAGUCGUUCGUUUUAGAUGGUUGGAAUUCUUGGCAUAGUAAAGAAAGAUUAAAGGAACAUGUUGGUGGUGUUAGCAGCCUUCACAAUAUUGCUAAGAAGAAAUGUGAAGAUCUGUUACACAAAGCACAACACAUUGAUGUUGCUCUUCAUAAGCAGUUGGAGACUUCUAAAAAUGCAUAUUUUGUUCGACUUAAUGGUGCAAUUGAUACUGCCAGAUUGCUGCUCAAGCAAGGAUUGCCUUUCCGAGGACAUGAUGAGUCAAAUAUAUCUUAUAAUAGAGGGAAUUACAGGGAAGUUUAUGAUUGCUUAGCCAAGCAUGAUGCGGCUUUAGCCAAGGCAUUGACAGUUGAUGCUGCAGAUAAUAGCCUUUUGGUAUCUCCUGACAUACAAAAAGACAUCAUCAAGUGUUUUGCAGAUGAGAUUUUGCAUUCUAUCCUUGAAGAUAUUGGGCAAGAUGUAUUCUGCUUGCUAGUUGAUGAAUCUAGAGAUGUCUCUUACAAGGAGCAAAUGGCAGUCGUGCUGAGAUAUGUUGAUAAAUCUGGUGUUGUGAAGGAGAGCUUUGUUGGGAUUGUUCAUGUCAAAGAUACAACGGCUGCCAACCUCAAGUCAUAUAUCGAUUCUUUGUUUGCUAAACUAAAGUUGAGCUUGAAACAAGUAAGAGGUCAAGGAUAUGAUGGUGCUAGCAAUAUGCGAGGUGCGUUCAAUGGCUUACAAUCAUUGAUCAUGAGAGAAAACAGUAGUGCGUAUUAUGUCCAUUGCUUUGCUCAUCAACUUCAACUAGUGGUUGUAGCUGUUGCUAGAAAGCAUACAGGCAUUGCUGAAUUUUUUAAUAAGAUUUCUACCUUGUUGAAUGUGGUGGGUGGAUCUGCAAAGAGAAGGGACAUGAUUCGAGAUAUCAAUCUCAAUGAAGUUAGUAAGGCCAUGGGAUGUGGGUUACUUAAUACCGGAACAGGAUUGAAUCAGGAACAAUGUCUUCAAAGACCCGGAGAUACUCGUUGGAGUUCUCACUAUAAAUCUCUCAGAAGUUUAGUUAACUUGUUUCAAACAAUUAUCAAAGUACUAGAAUAUGUGGAAAAGGAAGAUAAGGAUGGACCGCAACAACCGUAGAGAGGAGAACAACCUGAUGACGGAUCGCAGCAGGGUGGAAGAUUCAAUCGGAACGCAGCCAUAUUCUGGUCGAAAAAAGCUAGAGUUGCAACGUAGAGAGGAGAACGGAUUCAAACUCGUAAGCGUGUAGUAAUCGGACUCCAGUGCACUCUGCCGGACGGGGAUGAAGAGAUGAUAGGACGCGCGCGCGAGGCGCUCUGCGGCGGCGGGCGAAGAGUAGGCGUCGCAUGCGACGGAGCCGCACAGAGGACACCGAUCGAGCUUGACCGCGCCGUUACAGCAUUUGUGGGGAUGCG